AUGUCAAAGGUUGACCUUUCAAACUCGGUGAAUAUCACAUCUGGUGAUUUUGAAAGUACCGAAACUCAAAUAAUAUAUUAUCUUCAUAUCAAUAUUAAGGAUGAUACCCCGAUAUCACUGAUUGGUUCAAGCACUGGAUCAUUAUCUGCUGCUGCAAAAAAUGCUGAAAACAUAAGGGUACAUUCCGAGCUGAAGCGUAAUCUUGCGGAAUCAUAUGAUCAUGACGAAUCAGCAACAAAAGCUCCUUUAGCUUGCAAUGAAGAUUUCAACACUUAUAGCAAAGAGAAGCGCAAGACGAGAAAAUAUACUACUUACUCGAAGGAUUCUAUAUCAGUCACCACUGAUUAUCAGACCCCAGUUUCACUGAUGGAUACAAGGGGUUCGUUGAUGGAUUCAAGUGCUGGUGGUAUGGCUUUGCGUAACAAAAGGGGAGGAAAGAUAAAGACACCACUUGAGCUGAAGCGUACUCUUGCGGAAGAAUUUGAUUGUGACGAAUCUGAAAGUAAAGAUCCUUUAUCUAUAAAUGAAGGACCUAAGUCACUUUUGAUUCCCAAGAAGGAAAAAUGAUCAUAUCUAUCUAUUGUUAAGACUUUUAUUAAUCCAUGUUUAGGAUAUCUACUAUCUG